GCGCAGUCUUUACGCGUCAUCUCUUGUUCCCACAUUGGCUCCUUGUGGCCUCUUCGCGCUUUCGGGUUCUUCUGCUGUCAGCGUUCCGCUCCGCGCUGUGACUUGACCACAGUUAUCCAGUGGUAGGAUGUCUUCUCUUCUCAAAGUGGACAAUGAAAUCAAAUCCAAGGUUUCUGCAUUCAGAGAACGGAUCUCCAGUGAAGCAGAAGACUUAGUUGCAAACUUCUUUCCCAAAAAGUUACUGGAGCUUGACCAUUUUCUUAAGGAUCCUCUGAUAAAUGUUCUCGAUUUGAAAGAAAUCCAUUCAGAAAUUAAUCUGAGUGUGCCUGACCCUAUUUUGCUCACAAACAGCCACGAUGGACUAGAAGGCCCACAGAAUGCAAAAAAGAGGAAGCAGGAAGAUAUUGAAGAAAACUGCCAAGGUACUAAAGUCUUUGUGAUGCCUGGUGGGAUGAUGAAGAGUAACAACAAGUUGGUGGAACUCAUUGAGAAAGUGAAGCCUGAGAUCAGAACCCUCAUAGAAAAGUGCAACACAGUUAAAAUGUGGGUUCAGCUGUUGAUUCCCAGAAUAGAAGAUGGAAACAACUUUGGGGUAUCUAUUCAGGAGGAAACAGUGGCAGAACUUCGAACAGUAGAAGGGGAAGCAGCUUCUUACCUGGACCAAAUUUCAAGAUACUACAUUACAAGAGCCAAGCUCGUGUCUAAAAUCGCAAAAUACCCUCAUGUGGAGGACUAUCGUCGAACUGUGACGGAAAUCGAUGAGAAGGAAUACAUCAGCCUGAAGAUUAUUGUCUCUGAGCUAAGGAACCAGUAUGUUACACUGCAUGACAUGAUUCUGAAAAACAUUGAAAAGAUCAAGAGGCCCCGAAGCAGUAACGCGGAGACCCUUUACUAAGGAGAGGGCAGUCUGUGUAAAGCAGCAGCAGUACUGUAAGCAGAACUAAAGACCGUGAUUGCCUUGGUUCAUUUUUGAGCAAGUGACUCACCAAGAUGAAGUUACCUGGCUGGAACUGUGAAGCACACACCCCGUGUCAAGUUUUAUGAUAAAGUCCAAAAAAAAUUGAAAAAAAUUUUUUUUUUUUUUUGAUGGUGUAUUAAAAAUUUUAAACCUCAGGAGGUUUAUCCUGAGACCAUUUCUUUCAUUACGGUAAAUGUUCGGUUUCUGAAUAAUUUACCUUGUUGCACUGGGGAAGCAAAACCCGACCUUUUUAUUUUUUAUUAUUUUUUUUUCGUCUGCAGCUUGUCCAGUUUGUUGUAAUUUAGCCGAGUUCUUCUUUUCGGCGGCAGCGCUUGAUGUACGCUCACAGCACACGAGAUUCUUAUUUUGUACAGAAGGCUGCUGUGUCUCGUGUCGAAUGUGUGCUCACAGUAUUAAGGGGGCUGCAGCUCCAAACCGUUUGUUUUAACCGAAAAAAUGUAAAAACUAAGCUUCAUCGUUCACGACUUGAGGUAGUCAGAGUUGGCGUUCCAGUGCACUCCCGUUUGCUUGGUGCUGCUUGCCUUUGAUCGGCGCACCUUAAAGUCCUCGUUUGGGUUUGAAGGAGAGGCUUUUUGGUUUGCGCUUUUUUGUUGUUUUCCUUUCCUCCUGUUAUACUUUUGUGUCUUUUUUUCAACGGAGGAAGCGUCUCGUCUCUACAAGGACACUCGACAGUUACCAUCACCAGGCCGACGCGUCCCCACACAGUUCGACUGAAAACGUUUUGAGCCGUUGCUUUCAGACCGUCACAAGUCCGCUUUUUUGGUUCGGAUUUCAAACUUUCUAUGAAGGUGAAAUGAAACAACUGAACAGAACGGAAUCGUGCCUGGCACUUCGCGCCAACCUCCUGUUACACGUCUUGCGUUUGUUGUGCAUGUGCUCUAACAGCCGGUUAGCAGGAAGGUUUCCUGCCUUCUUUUCUGCCCACCGUUAAGUUGUAAACCAGUGAGCCCCAGACUGGUGCGGCUCCUGUAGUGAAAGGCCUGACCGUUCAGCUUUGAGCACAAACUGAAGACUUCCUCCUGGAGGGGGCAGCACUGCAGUCGUGUAACCUGAAGGACACUUCAGACGAGGUGUCACUCGCUGUCCUCUUCAGGCCUGCCCUCCACGUCUCACGGUGUCCCCCUUAACUGUUUUCCAUUUGCGUGUUGUUGUGGUGGUGCACAGAACACCUUUGUAUUGCCGAGAAAGCGUUUGGAGAGACGGGGUCUCCAUUAGAGCUCGGGACCGACUCGUCUCCACCUGCUGUGGACGGUCAUCUGCCCGGCUGUGCUUAGGUUGAUGGCUCGCCGUCAGCUUUUCUUGCCACUUCAUGUGAGAGUUUAGUCAGGGAGCGGCCAUUUUUUAAUUUUUAUUUUUGGUGCUUCUUCCUAAAGCUUCUCCACAGACAUUCCAGAACAUCCGAUAGAAAAACAGCAGAUGUGCCGCUUGGCAGAGUGCCGGCUUCACAGACUCGGUGACCGUUGGUCUUGCGUCCCGCCGGUGGCCUGUCCACUUACGAGUAGCAGAUGAGCGGCCCGAGCCGAGUCGUCUCUCUAACGGAUGACGUCCUCUCGAGAUAAUUGGAGUGCAGAUCUUCGAGUGGCGUUUCGGGGCCCUCAGAGUGCCUGUGAUUUAUUUCUAAACGCUGGCCUCUGCUGAUGAGCGGGAGUCCCAUUAAAGUCUCGACACGGUGCUGCUGAGCAUUUCCUGAUCGCUUCCUUGGUGCCUUGCUGUCCUUCACAUUGAUUUUAUUCUUCUGUUUUUAAGUUUGGAACCCACAAUUAGAUUUUAUUAUUAUUAUUAUUUUUAUCUGUGAUCUGCAGCCGUCACCCCCUGUGGAAAGGCGUCGUCUUUUUAUUUGUAUUAUUAUUUUUUUUUUGGUAAUCUUUUAUGUUGAAGGUUUUGCCCUCUAAAGAGCACGUUGGCUCAUCUCCACUUCCGUCUCUGCCCCAGUUGGCAGGCUCCGUGGUGUGCUGUUUGGCGUUCUCCAAUUAGAAUGGCGUAUUUACGUUUCUCCACAGUCCGUCUGUGUAAAUAGUGGCCUGUGCCCCGUUGGCACCAUUUCAUGUAAGGCCUGCUAGAGAAGGUGCUUCUCGGCUUUCCCAGUUCUCAUUUGUAUGGAAGUUUAAUUAUGUGUACAUAGUAUACAGUUGGCAGUGGGUGCGGAGAGCACAGUGUGGGUACUCGGACCCCCUUCACUUCUGAAACACACACUUUACAUUUCUCUUGUUCUAUUAACUGUGAGCCAGUUGUUGCCAGGUCAGUGCCUGGGCGUCUGUUCAAUUCUGAUUCAAUUGCGCAUCACUGCCUUCAAACACAAGUUGGGUGUGAAACUUUUUUUAUAUGCGAUUAAAAUACAAGGCAAUGAAAAUAAAAACAAUUCUAACUCUCUACCUUG